CCUGUCGGCACUUGGGAAAAUUGCCUGCAGCCCGGACGCAGCCCGCGGGGUCUGGGCACACAGGGAUAUAUAGCCUGGCGCAGAAUGAGUGCCACCGAGCUGUAUGGUGACUAUGAUCCUGACUCGUACCCUAACUUCACUGCGCCCAACUUCGACACGCUGACUCCGCUGCCUUUCCAGCUGACCCCCGUCCUGUGGGCAUCUCUGGUUCUCUACUCCCUCGUCUUCCUGCUGGGCGUGCCAGGGAACGCGGCUGUCAUCUGGGUGACGGGCUUCGGGAUGAAGCGCACGGUGAACACCGUUUGGUUCCUCAACCUGGCGGUGGCUGACCUCCUCUGCUGCCUGGCGCUGCCCUUCCUGGUCGUGCCCGUGGCCCGCGGCAACCGCUGGGAGCUGGGUGACUUCGCCUGCAAGCUGCUCCCAUCCCUCACCAUCCUGAACAUGUUUGCCAGCGUCCUGCUCCUGACGGCCAUCAGCCUGGACCGCUGCACCCUGGUGACCAAGCCCGUCUGGUGCCAGAACCACCGCACGACCCGGCUGGCCUGGGGCCUGAGCGGGGCAGCCUGGCUCCUGGCUCUGCUCAUGACCCUCCCAACCUUCAUCUUCCGGACGACGUACCACAAGGCAUUCUCAGACAAAGUGAUGUGUGUCAUGGAGUACGCUCCAGUGUCCGGUUACCAGACCGCCAUCGAGGUGUCCAUCGCUACCUUCCGCUUUGCCGCCGGCUUCCUGGUCCCCUUCGUGGUGAUUGCCACCUGCUACAGCCUGGUCCUGGCCCGUGUCCACAGGAGCCGUUUCACCCGCUCUCGCAAGACCAUUAAGGUCGUUCUUGUGGUGAUUGUCGGCUUCUUCGUAUGCUGGCUCCCCUACCACGUGGUGGGGCUGAUUCUGGCUGCCCACAAGCCCAGCAUGAGCCUGUUCAUAGGCGCCUCUAAGGUCGACCCCCUGAUUGUGGGCCUGGCCUACAUCAACAGCUGCCUCAACCCCAUCAUCUAUGUCAUCAUGGGCCAGGACUUCAAAGACCGGUUCCAGCGCUCGCUGAAGUCCAUCCUCCGCAACGUGCUGAGCGAGGAUUCGCUCCACUCCACGGCUGAUAGCAGGAAGAAGACCAAAUCCACGCUGGAGACCAAGUCCACGAUGGAGGAGCGGAGCACUGGGGUGUGAGCUGGGGAAUGGACCCCCAGGAGCCCCACAGCAGGCUGGGCUUGUGACAUGUCAGGCGACAGCUGCCUCCUCUUUGCUCACUGUCGUUAACCUGGGGAGGUCCAUGUAGGGCCCACAGCUGUGCGGCCACCUCCCCUCAUGUGCCCCAGGCCCCUGCAGACUGUGGGGCAGGGCAGACGGUGAUUUAAUGUACAUAGUGCCACCUCUAUAUUUGCAUAUCUGAAUAUUCGUGCCCUCAUUCUCCUAUUUCCCCAUCAUCCAACCCUUUGGAACCUCACUCCCCUUCCUACCCUCCCAGCUCCUGCCUUGAUUCCCCCCAAUUUCCAGUGCCCCAUGUCCCCCUGCCCCAAAUUCCUUCUCCAUCCUUAGCCCCCGUCUGGCGCCACCCCCAACAAUCCCUCUGCCAGAGAGACGUGACUGGAGCAACACUUUUGAAUCGCUCUACAACCAGAUCUCCAUGGCUACAGCAACAUGCUGGGUGGGUCUCCUCUCUGGCUAGGGUCCUCUCUGUGGUUGGAGACCUCCAUGCCGUGGGUCUCCUCUCUGGCUAGGGUCCUCUGAGAGAGAACCUGCCUCCAGGAGGCUAACUAUAGAGACGUGGCGCAUGGAGCCUCACCCUCAGCUUUGCAGCUGUCCCAGGCAGGAGCCCUGCAUUGGGUGCUUGCUAGUCCAGGACACAGGCUGGAGCUGGUGGCCCUCAGCCUGGGCCCUGCUCUCCCAAGCUAUGGGGGUAACGGCUCUGCCGGGCAGCAGUAGUAGCCUGUUACCCUCUUAUGGAAAUCAGCCAUGAGAGGGCGGCAGAGACCUGCCCUCCCUAGUGUGGGGCUUACAGAGACCAAGGGCCGCAGGGCGUGACUCUCCCUACCCCUCAUGCAGGCGUCGGCACCAGCCCCGGGUGUGACGCACAGGUUGGAACGGGGCAGCGUCUGGGCACGCACGCUGCCUGGGUGCAACUGAGCACCUGAGAGCCAGGUGCCCAUGUGCAUCCAUGCAAGCAGCCCCUGUGCAAGCUGCUGCAAGCAGCAUCCACCGGGGAAGAUUAUGGGAGAGUUUCUACCUUCCCAUCCCUGUUGCUAGAGGCUCAGAAUUUUCUGUAACUUCCCCGUUUUAGUGCUGGGAUUUUGGGGUUGGGCUUUUGGAGCCAACUGCCCCCCCCAGCACCCCGCAGGGGCACCAUCUUGGAAAUGUUGGUGGUUUGGGUUUUGUGUCAUGGGGGAGGAUGACUGGCAGGAAUUCACUGCCCUCCUGCUACAGGGCACGAGCCAGCCCCUGACUGACUGGGCCAGGGAGACUUCCCACGGGGCAAGUUGUUGAGGUUACAGGUCUGAGUGCACCUCUGCCACGCCCAGGCCUGGGGCACAGCACCCUGUGUAGCAGCCGUGCUGACCCAGAGGGUCUGAGUGAGUCCUCUGGGGCUUUCCUUUGGGAGCCUGUGCCCAGCAAGCCAAAGUAUUGUUUGUUUUAACAAUGGGAACAAAGCAUUUGGGGGUGUGGGGGAAGGGUUUUAAAAACACAGUCUGCGACCAUUAUUUUCUUACCUAAAACGAUUCUGUGAUGGGGAUCUAGACAGGGCCGACGUCGUCAGUUGCCCCAGCGGCUCCUGCAUGUCACCCUGGCCCCCCAAACACCGCCCCCCAAGGAGAUGCUUGUUACAAACUGCUCGAGUCCCUUUGUUUGCCAGUGUGCCCAGCCCUUGGGCUGGCCUGGCGCUAUCUCCUACCAGCACUCAGGCAUUUGCUGCGCAGUGGCUUAUCUUGAGCUGUCCUGCGUCCUUCCUGCUUUUUUGUGCGGCCAGACACCGAUUGAACUGAACCAACAGUUUCAUCCUGCAACGUCCACAGACAGCGGCCAUUUCUUGUCAGGGCAUGGCUCCAGCUCCGUCACCCCUCAACUCUCGUCCCUCCUGAACACCGGUCUCUGGAGCAGCUGGGACUGGCUGGGCAGAGCUGGGAGACUGCUGCAGAGUGAGUCCUGCCCUGAUCUGUGGGCCCAGAACCCCCCAGGAGGCCUCACCAUGACUCUCCCUCCAGCCCCGUGUGAUUGUGCAUUGCUCCCUCAGGGCCUAGCAGCCCUGUCCCAGUGGCUCCUCCUCACCCCGGGCUGAGGUCCCCCUGCCCCAGCGGAUAAACAGGUGGCUUUGAGGCUUGAUCCUUGGCUCUACGCCUUUCUCCAUUAGACUGUACAGGGCUGUGCUGCCACUUACUCCGGGCGAGGCCCCUGCAUUGUCUGCUGGGUCAGCACCAAUGUGUUCCUGGGGGUAUUUCCAGGUUUGCCAUAAACACAGACGUGGCUGCUGCCAGGUCUCUCCUUGAUAAUGAGUGUGCGGGGCCUGGGGUGGGAGCAUGAAGCCAUCUGUUUAUCUGCUGGGGCAGGGGGACCUUGGCCCAGGGACAAGGCACCCGAGGGGCUGAGAAUGGGGCUCCCCACACCCUGAAGGGAGUGUUGGGGUGUGUCUGUGUGUUACAUUUAGCAGUUUAUGGAGCUGACCACAAGGCUGGGCUUUUCGGGGCGCUGGUUCUCUCUUUGCCAGGGUCCCGGCCAGCAGGGCCUGCGCAGACCAGUGCGUGCACCUUAGGAAUCCCGCCCUCCCAGCAUGCGGUGCUGCUCCCAGGAGUCCUGAGUAACCACUCCCCGUGUGCGGUGAAUAAACAUGCCUCUUUGUCA